GUGAUGGUUUACCAUAACAGCUGGCGCAUAACAAUCACCUUCCGUGACUACAUUUUUAUCGUUUCAAUAUUUCACAACGUUGUACAAAAAAAAAAAUAAAUAACGUAACACAGAAGAAAAACCCGAAGAUAUUUUUGUACAAAAUCUUUUUCCUGGCAUUUUUCCGAGCAUCUGUCCCAUUAUUUUCACUGGCGAUCCUGCAUAUUGGGGAUGCGCGUUAAACGGAAAAACAAAAGAAAACAUUAGAGACCGGAUAAAUUCGUUGCUGGCUGCUCCUCGAAGCCGACUAUCACGAACGCGUUAAUCGGGCGUCGAGAGCGAGAAUAGCGCGUAAACAAUUCGAGUCGAAAAGCAAUGAAAACCAUAGGUAAGUUGGACAAGGUGGUGCUCGCGUGUGCAGCAAGCAACAAGCAGCAGCAGUAACGCGAGGUGUGAUUAUUAUUAGGGCGCGGCGCGCAGCACGUGCACAAACAGCGGAUGGAUAGGAGACACGUCGACGCGGAGCUUGCGACGACCAGUCGACUCGGCUGAUCUCCGAGGGCGGAGCUUGCGGUCAGCUGGCGGGCCGCUUCUCGGCGGCUUCGAAUUAGUCGUUGCGGGCGAGCCGCGUCGAUCUAUCGCCCGAAGGAUGCACUUCUGAGAGCUUGGUCGGAGCAAUGGAGCCGAUGUUCGCGAGCGACAGUCCAGUGUCGACGCUGGCGAGCGGCUGCUGCCUACAGAAUUACCUGGACGCUUGGCAGCGAGACUCUGCCUCGAAACUGCAGGCGAAUCAGCUUGCUUCGCAGAUCUACCUGGGCGCCGCGCUGCAGUGCUGGCAACCGCUGGGCUACGGCUGCGGUGAGCAACAGGCCGAGCGGCUGCGGCUCUCGCGAGUAGCUUGCGCGCGGCAGGAGAAGCCCCCUUACUCCUACAUCGCCCUCAUCACCAUGGCGAUCAACUCGUCGCCGAGGGGCCGACUGACUCUGUCGGCCAUCUACAAGUACAUAAUGGACCGAUUUCCUUACUACCGGGAGAACCGACAGGGCUGGCAGAACAGCAUCCGACACAACCUUAGCCUGAACGAGUGCUUCGUGAAGGUGGCUCGUGACAAGCUCGCGGAAGUGGACCAAGCGGACCAGGGCGGCAAGGGCAGCUUUUGGACUCUCAGCCCGUCGGCCAACGGCAUGUUCCAGCACGGCAACUAUAGGCGGAGAAAGCCCAGGCGCCAGCCAGCUCCGCAAGCUGUUGGUAUACCCGUAGCCUCUCUUUCGCAGCAGGCCGUGCGACGGUUAACAUUGUCGACAAUUGUUGCAAGGAUACCCGAGUCGGGCAGAGCAGCCAAGGCCCGGCUAAGUGCAGCCUCUUCACCAUCGAGAGCAUCCUUAAGGAAUCCACGUCGGGACAGUGAUCCCUGGGUGGAGCGACGCGUGCUGCGCCGUUGCAAGCCUGGGCCGCGCUGUUUGUUGCUUCAAAGAGAGAGAGAGAGAGAGAGAGAGAGAGAGCGAGAGAGAGAGAGAGAGAGAGAGAGAGAGAGAGGCGCGCGCUACACGGUGGCAUCGGCAGCAGUUUUCUCAGAAGCCCGAUAAAUCAGCGCGCGUCUACUG